GACAACUCGUCCGGGGGCAAUCAUCCUUUGAAUGUUGACCCAAUCAUCAUACCUACUGGAAAUAAUUCUGUCGCUGCAGCGAACGACAAAGCUGUAGUCAUGGGCGCACUUUCAGCUGACGACGUAGCAUGGGCGACAACAAAACUCAUCGGAUGGGACGCUUUCGUGUAUACAGUCGACGACAACACCAGCAUGCUACUCCAUACUGAUCGCAACGAAGGCAAAGAGGCAAAUGCCUACUUGACGUAUCUGAUCCAAGAAUACGACUCACUGCCGUCGACCGUUGCAUUUGUACACUCACAUGAGUUCGGCUGGCUCAGGGCAUGGCAUACCGAUGCAAAACGCCACUCCAAUGUCGAGAGUCUGAACUCGUUGAAUAUCAAAUUUGUGGAGAGGAAUGGCUAUGCAAAUUUGAGAUGCGUGCCUAAUCCUGGCUGCCCGGAUGAGGUGCGCCCUUUCCGAGAUCCUGUCGACACGACAAAGACUACUGAAGUGGCAUUCGCUGCUGCUUGGAAGGAUAUAUUCGGCAAUGACGAUGUUCCGGAAGUGAUCGGCGUGGCUUGCUGUGCUCAAUUCGCAGUGUCGAGAGAGCAGAUUAUGAAGAGGACCAAAGGUGAAUAUGUUCGCAUGCAUCGAUGGCUGAUGAAUACCGAGCUGGAUGACCAGACGUCAGGGAGAGUGUUUGAAUAUCUCUGGCACAUUGUGUUUGGUCAGGGGUCUGUUUACUGCCCAGAUCUGGCACAGUGUUACAGAGACGUGUAUGGCGAUGAGUGAGGCUGACCCUCAGCACGGCCUACGGCGCAUUCGUCGAAUGAAAAGGCAAAGAUGGCCUGGUCAGAAUCAGUCAUGGUUGCACAAUAGACGACAGCACGAGACGGCUCCAGUCACUCUAUAAACUUGUUCUCGUCAAAUCGUCUGUCAAGCACCAAGCCGUCGGCGACAGCGAACGCAGUACCUG